AUGGCGGCCGAUUACAUCACCUCCGCCGAGCAAACCAUGACGCUCGUCCGCCGCCUCGCAGCCCACCUCGCUGCCGAACCAAAUCUUCCCACCGCCGAAAAUCUUACUCGCGGUGAAGUCGAUGCAUGGAUCAGGGCACUGAAUACUGGUAUCCACGGUCGGGUGAUUGACCUGCUCGCUCUACCUGUACUGGAAUGUCUGCUCUACAUGCGUGGCAGAAACCUUGCCUGGAAAACCAAACAUCUGAGACGUGCGCCUUGUGAGAUGUUUCAGCCAGUGGUUGUCAACCCCUGGGUUCAACAAGAUAUUACAUUGAAUCGCGAGCACCUCCCCUGGAUCCCUGGUGACCACCACCAAGCUAUUGAGAUCAACGAUGACGCAGAAGAUCUUGUAGACACAGAUGAGCAGGCUGUUAUGAAAAAUCAAGACACCGAGGAAGACUUUACAAGCCCUGAAGGGGAAGGCACUCAGCUCGAUGACACCCUACAGGACGUCGACGAUGACAAUGACUCUGCACUACAAACUAUCGAGCAAGACACAGACGACCAAGAUGCUGCUCUGCUGCCUAGCACUACAGCAGCCGAGAAUACUUAUCGCAUAAGCUCGCAAGCCAAUCACAAUAGAGACACCAUGAUGGAAGAUGUGCCUGAACAAGACGACUUCGAAGAAAACAGCUCCACACACAGCAACUCCGACCACGAGGACCUAGCCCACUCCACCUCCACAACCAGCGAAGAAGAACCCAAUCUCGCCUACGACCAUCCUGAUCGAACUCUCUGGUGCACAUGCAACGGUCCAGACCCAGAGGACGGUACAUACAUGGUUCUAUGCAACAAUCACGAAGACAAUGACUGCAAAGGAAAGUGGUAUCAUCUUUCAUGUGUUGGCUUGCAAAGAAACCCCUCAAAGGAAGUUGAUUGGUACUGCGAAGAUUGUCGCAAGAAGUUCAAUACUGGUGUCUACAGCAACGGUUGUGUGAACCCAAAGAGAAAGAUUAAUCCAAAGAGAAAGCGAUGA